CCGCUUCUACAGUGUCUGCGGGCUCCUGCUACAAGGUGAGUAACUGAAGGUUAAAACCAGAAUUCCUGGAUAUGAAGUGUAUAUGCUUUUUUAUUAGUGUCCUGUGGGUAAGCACAUAAAUCCUUCCUGUAUAAUCAGACUACAUCAAGGCAGCCAAGGACAGUUUCCACUAACACAGAAUGUAACGGUUGUAGAAGGAGGAACUGCAAUUUUGACCUGCAGGGUUGAUCAAAAUGAUAACACCUCCCUCCAGUGGUCAAAUCCAGCUCAACAGACUCUCUACUUUGAUGACAAGAAAGCUUUGCGGGACAAUCGGAUCGAGCUGGUUCGUGCUUCCUGGCAUGAAUUGAGUAUCAGCGUCAGUGAUGUGUCUCUGUCUGAUGAAGGACAGUACACCUGUUCUUUGUUUACCAUGCCUGUCAAAACUUCCAAGGCCUAUCUUACAGUUCUGGGUGUUCCCGAGAAGCCUCAAAUUAGUGGAUUUUCAUCACCAGUUAUGGAGGGAGACUUGAUGCAGCUGACUUGUAAAACAUCUGGUAGUAAACCUGCAGCUGAUAUAAGGUGGUUCAAAAAUGACAAAGAGAUCAAAGAUGUAAAAUACUUAAAAGAAGAGGAUGCAAAUCGCAAGACCUUCACUGUCAGCAGCACGCUGGAUUUCCGAGUGGACCGGAGUGAUGAUGGAGUGGCAGUCAUCUGCAGAGUAGACCAUGAAUCCCUCAACGCCACCCCUCAGGUAGCCAUGCAGGUGCUCGAAAUACACUAUACACCAUCAGUUAAGAUUAUACCAUCCACCCCUUUUCCACAAGAAGGACAGCCUUUAAUCUUGACUUGUGAAUCCAAAGGAAAACCACUGCCAGAACCUGUUUUGUGGACGAAGGAUGGUGGAGAAUUACCAGAUCCUGACCGGAUGGUUGUGAGUGGUAGGGAGCUAAACAUUCUUUUCCUGAACAAAACGGAUAAUGGUACAUAUCGAUGUGAAGCAACAAACACCAUCGGCCAAAGCAGUGCGGAGUAUGUUCUCAUUGUACAUGAUGUUCCCACCACUUUGCUUUCCACUACUAUCAUCCCCUCCCUUACCACUGCAACAGUCACAACCACUGUAGCCAUAGCAACCAGCCCAACCACAUCUGCAACAACCAGCAGCAUCAGAGAUCCUAAUGCUCUGGCUGGCCAGACUGGCCCUGACCAUGCUCUUAUAGGAGGAAUAGUGGCUGUAGUUGUAUUUGUCACGCUGUGUUCCAUAUUUCUGCUCGGUCGGUAUCUGGCAAGACAUAAAGGAACAUAUUUAACAAAUGAAGCUAAAGGAGCUGAAGACGCACCAGACGCUGACACAGCCAUUAUCAAUGCCGAAGGCAGCCAAGUCAACGCUGAAGAGAAAAAAGAGUAUUUCAUUUAAAAUGCAGGCCAAGAUUCUGAGUUAUCCUUACAAGGCUGGCUGCUGGAGAAAACUGGCUAUCAUCUUUCAGAAUUCAUUUCUGCCAUCUUCUGCUACCUUUAUUAACUCCCAUCCUGUACCGCUACCAGUAGCCAGUGUAUACCAACAAUCAGCUGUCAAAAGCAUCAUUCUUUAAUUACUGUACCAUCCAUAUGCAGGACAUUUCUUACUGCCUAAAUUUCACACCCUUGCUCUUUUAACAUACAGUGCUUGAAUAUACAGCCUUAACAAUGUUAAUCAUCUCCUUGGAUCAUGAUAUUGAGUUGUUUUUAUACAUUAAAAAAAUAUGCACAGAUUUUCCCCCCAUUUUUUUUUCUUUAAGUCAUAGACCUUCUCAGUUUGUCAUUGGACAGCUUUCAUAAGUAACAGGAUUAAGUGAAGACCUAAUGUACUUUAGUUAAACUGAAGAUUAGAGGUUUACAAAUAAUGUUUUCUACAUGCCUAUAUUCAAAGACAACAUGUUUUGGAAACAUAUGCCCGAGAAAACAUAAACUGAAAAAAAAAAUCAUAGUGUAGUUUUUUGGAAUGUUUGUGACUACACUGGCAAAGCUGUAUCAAUUUACUAUUAAAAUAUAGUACCUGAUACAUGAGCCAUGUGUAUGAAUUGCAAUCAUGACACAACAUCCUACGCAAUUAUGUAGAUCCUCCCAUCAGAAUAGUGUAGCUUAUUUACCAAUAAAUCAUUUCAAACAUUUUACUGCUUUGGGAAUAGCAAAGAUUUCAUUCAUUUCUCUAAUUUGAUUCUAUAAUUUAUUCGCUCCAUUAAGACUCACCUGCCUAACAAAGUUGAAGUAUCCAUAGGGCACAAUUUUGAGACAUUUUAGUAUCUGUAUAUAGUGCAUAUAAUAAAUCCAAUUAAACAUUAUUUGAUACAUAUUUAACUUUUUGGCUGUAUGUAAUUCAGUCAUAAGUAAGCAUUUUCUAACGUCCGUUAUAUCCCUUUAGGUAUUACUUAAACUGAUAUUAUAAGUAGAUAACAUGUAUUAGUAUUUUUGUCUGUAUGUCCUAGCACUGUUCAACAACAAAUUUUUCUAGUUCUUGUUAAUUUCUAUUUGUUAUACAAUGGAAGCACAAUGUUAUAAGGAAAGGUAAUUUUAAACUAACAACCAGUGCACAGCCUCAGGUUUUAAAUUACAACCAUAGUUGAAGAAUAAUCUAAAACUAAACUUUUAGUUUGCUAAAAAUGUACAAAUUUUAAUUUGGCAGUUCCAGAGCUGCUUACCUAUGUUGGUUUGCCAAAAAGAGUGUUUAAGACAUGUUUUCUGUAUAAAUGAACUAAUUCUUUCUAUUCAAUUCCUGUCUAUGCAUUUUGUGAGGUACAAACUUAUGAAACAGUGAGUGAUAGAGAAUUUUUGCCAUGCUUUUAACUCCAAAGUAAAAGUCUCUUUCUCUGGAUUAUUUUGAAAUUUUGGUGUAUUUAACUAUUAAGAAAUGCUGUCUUCUUAAAUAUGACACAGAGUCAAUCUAAAGUCUUAUGAUUUCUUCUAGUAAAACACAAUAUUGUUAUAUUAGGUCUCAUUAAAUUUAUUGUAUGCUAAAGAAUUAAAAUACAGUUAGAUAAAAAAUAUUUUCCCAUUUACAAGCAUUGCACCUUUAAGAAAAAAACAAAUAUGAGAAUAUGGUAGCUAUCCUUGUGAUGUCUGACAGCAUGAGGGCCUAAGGUUUUAAAAAUAGUAUCUUGGAAUUUAUUUUUGGGGAAUGAGAAUGGUUGAGUACAACAUCAUGUAUUAAUAUCAAAUGAAAGAUAAGGGUGCUGUAUCUUAGAUUAUUUAUCAGAAAAGUAUAACUCUUUUAAGAAUAAUGUUAGAAGUUUUAAGUUUUUUUGAUUGUUGAAGCAUUUCCUUUGUUGAUUUCCUACAAAAGAAAAAAGGACGAUGUCAGUCAAGCAGCACUUUUUCAGAAUAUACAGAACAUAAAUACUAUGAUGUGGUUGAGUGUUAACAUAAUAAAUCAUAUACAGUAUGACAUUUUAAGGAAAUAAGUCUGCAUUGAUGUGAUUGCAUGCUUGUUUUUACAGUUCACUCCAUACCAUCUGUGGAAAAAUGCAAUAAUAUGUUAAUAUAGUAUGGUAGUUUGAGAGAAUCAGGUAGGUGCUACUAGACACAUUGAAACUAGAAUAGGUUUAUAAACUGUUCAUAUCUUUCAAUGCAUAAUCUUUAGAAAGAUUCCACAAAUCGAAAUUCAUCCUGUUAAUACAAAAUGGAAAGGUUCUUAUUACAGAAUAAGUUGUAUAAACUGCAUCAUCAAUUACUAUUUAAAGCCUAAUUUCAGGAUGCACUUACAAAAUUGCUACUCUUCAUCGAUGCUGCAUUUACAUCCCUCCUCAUUUCAUCUAUAUUCUACUUGGCUCCAACAGCUAAAUUGUUGCCUAAAUAAUUCAAUCAUUAUUUAUCGCGCUGUAAAAUUGGAAACCCAAAUUGGUUGCAUUCCACGAUUUUGGACUCUUUUAACCCUUCAGAGUAAUAUCAAAUCUUAUUAGAACUCUUAAAAACUCAGCUAAAUAAAACACUGGAUUAGUAUGCCAGUUAUAAUCAUUGGUAUAUUAUAAUUUGUGGACUCUAAUCAAAUGUUCGCCAGUUAAAUACACUUUGAUUUGAAUUAGAUGUCAUUUUCUGUGACUGGAAAAAAAUAGCAAUAAAGUUGUAUUUUCCUAUCUUUAAAAAUUAAUUUUCAACAAAAUUAGUAAUGAAAUUGUAAAAAUUCUGGUCAUUUCUAGUCCAAAAAAUCAGGAAAUAAUAACAUGACGUUUCUAUAUGGGCAACAUACCAGUUGUAAUGUUUGAAAUGUACACACUGUGUGCACGCACAGCUGAUUUCUAGCUCUUCUAUGUGAGCACAAUAGCUACAGAACCCAAUGGCAGAAGUGUGCACACACAGACACACACACUUGUCAUAGAAUGUGGAGCUUUAUUCCUUAUCAAAAGUAGCUAUUCUCUGCCAAUGUACUAUUUACAGUGUUAAGUGAUCGCUCUCUAUCAAAAAAACAAAAAAAAAGUCCAAACAGCAUUAUUCUUUGCUUUUUUUCCCCCCAUCUUGAGUGUCCCAGAUAGAAUUACUCUCAAAAUUAGGAAGAAAAGAACAGUUUGUGAGUGCAAGAGUAAAGACAGAGCGCAUGGCCUGAGUCUUACGGAUGUGCGUGUUUGUGGUAUGUGUGUGUGUUUAUGUAUAAGAGAGGAAGGGAGAUGGAAGAGAGAGAGAUUCAACGUGUUUUCUUUUACCAGAAAAUCCAAGAAGCAGUUUAAGGAACCAGAUAUUGGAGUUUAAUCUAGAAACUGGAUGAUCUCACAUUAAUUCAAGAUGCUUAAUCUUUCAUUGAUACCCAACCCCACCAUUAAAAUAAUAGAGAAAGAAAACUAACCUUCCUAAAAAUGGCAAAGAAGCUAACACCUCAUUUAUGUUUAUUUCUUUGUAAAAAAUAUAAAUAUCUCAGCUAAAAGGACAGGCUCAUUUGUAAUUAUGUACUCAUGAUUGUAACAGCAUUGAGAUUCCACAUAGGCACAUGUACAGCAGCUGUUUGACAGUGAUGGCUCUUCCAUGUAACAUAGCAGUUAUCGUGUAAUUUAGUGCCACUUAUUGCAAAGUGUUACCAAGGGGAACAUGUAAUGUUUUUCUUUCUUUUUUUUGCACAUUCAGGAUAAUUAAAUGGAAGACAAAUAUGAAAUUUCACAUUGUUUUCUAAUUUUGAAGAAAAUGCAAAACCUUAUACCAUGCAACUUCCCCAUGAUAUUGUUGAUUACGUAGAGUCUUCUAAAAAUGCACAAUGUGAUCUCCCUUUGCAAAUGUAGCCUGUGAUGCUAUACAAAACAAACAAAAGAAGCCCGAAAUCACAGCUGAAACAAAUGAAACACCUGAUGAGAAUUACUGUUGAGUAAUGCUUUUAUUAAGUGGCACAAAGUACACACUAAAAACUAUGCAAAAUAUAGGUAACUACAGUGUAUGUACAUGUAAGUAUCUCGUACUUGCUGUGUAUGGAUGUUGGAAACCCAUGUAAUUAUAAUAUGCAUUUUGAAUAUUGGGAAAGAGGAAAUUUUAGUGUAGAUAAUAGAAUUUGUUUUGAAAUAUACACUGGCAAUAUUGAAAUAUACUCAGUGCAAUAUCUGCAAUUCUCUUGCUGGAUGCUUAAUGCAAAGGGAUUUCAAAGAAUUCUACAAGAUCCAAGAGGUUGCUAAUCUUCACCUCUUACGUACUGAAACAUUAGGUAAAAAUACAAUUAAUUCAAGCUAUGUUUUUCUUAAACAUUCAAAUGAAAUACUAAAGUUAUAAUGUAGGUUAUUUUUUCAUGUUACUGCAGAGAAAGAAAUAACCUGAGUUUUAUUUUUUGAUUCAUAUUCUAGUUGAAUUUGAAUUCUUAAACUUUCUUUGAAAUAUGCGCAUGUUGUCAUAGAUGGCAGGUUUUUAUUCUAAGUACAAAUGUAGUCCAUGAAAGAAUAUAGGGUACUACCUUUAAUAAUUAAGUCACUGUAUCUUCAUAGAAUUUUUUUAAAUCUUUUUUUCUAUUCAUUUUUCCCUUUCUGUAGUCUACCCCAAACAAACCCUUUGCACUUAUACCCUUCCAAAGGCAAUGGAUUGAAAGUAGCAAGAUAAUAAAGAGAGAUUAAAGAGGACAACAUAUGAGAAUGGGUUCUAAAAUCAUCAGCAUUUUUAUGUAUUGAGAUUAUUAAUAUUGAAUGCAAUAGUUAUUGGAUAUAGCUGGUAAGUUCUCUGCCAUGCAUACUUACAAUAAUCCUUCUACCUCUCACUUUUAACAUGGGCUAUGAUACUUCAAUAUAAAUAGAGGAAAUAAUUAUUUAGAAGAUAUCCCAGGAAACAUUCUUAAGGGACUAUAUAACAGUGCAUUCCCCAUCCCCUGGGAAAUCUCAAAAGCCAAGUUCUUUAGUGUGUUCUAUGGUGUAUGAAUCUGCAUUUGUUUUUCUUUUUCUAUCAUUAACUUACCCUAUAGGUAAAAUAUAAUUCGAUAAAAGUAGUUCUUCUCAUGCCUAUUUAAUCUUACAAUGUAAUAUAAUUGUGUGGAUUUUAAAAUGAUUUAAAUGGCAACACUUUGCGAUCCAAUCUGAUUAUUUAAUUUUGAAAAUGUAAUAAUUUCUUAUAAUUUAAUGAUGUGUCUUAAGUAUUAAAGAAAAUCACUUAUAUGAGUUAUUUUACUGACAAGUAUUAUCUAUACAAGACAAAAAUUUAAGUAUUUCAAAACUCCAUCCUUAUUCACAAAUGAUUUUCAAAUAAUGCAAAGUAUUGCCACAAAUGCCCACUUUAUUUUAUCUGCAUACUCAUAAUAAGAAUUUUUUAGUGAUGUAAUUUAAUUAUCCUAAAAGAAAAUGACAUUUCAUGGACAGAUGUUCCUCCAGGAAAAAAAGAUACAUGAAUAUCUCAAAUUAUUAUGGUGAAUCUAUAAAGUAUGCUUAUAGUUACAAUAAGAUGUUUCAAUGUUCUGUGUUUAUGUUACGAGAAGUAUUUGGUCUGAUCUUUACCAUCUUGUCCAUAUAUAUAAAAACAAGAAAUGUAUUAUUAUUUUGGAGAGAAUGGGCCCAAUGUGAAACAAAUGUAAAAAAAAAUACACUAUUUUCCCCUAUGAAGUAUAAUGUACAUUUCAAAAGAAGAAAAGUUGAAAGAUAUUUGAAGAUUGCAGGGGCAAAAGGAAAACCUACCAGGGCUCAGCACUUAAGCACUUUCCCCACAUCCAGGGUCAAAGCAGCAGUGACUCCUACCUGGACUUUUAAGUGCAGUAUAAAAUGCAACACUCCACUUCUACACACAGUACUGUCAAACCUCAAACGCUUUCUUUCUUCAGAUGCUUUUCCUUGUACAAGAUGCGAGUAGACACUUUUCUCUUUAUAUUUGCUGAUAGUGAAAGUCAUACGCAAUAAAAUAUUGAUGGCUGAAAGCAGUGGUCACCAAUUCGUUAAAAGAAAAACUACGAAGUGUAAACCGAAUUGUUCUAUCGUUAUCCUCUUUGCUUUUCUCUGUGUUUUCAAUGUAUUGAAUGAAUCUCAUAAAUAGAAAAAAAUAAUUUAGAAAAAGUUCAAAGUUAGUACUUUUUCUCCUUAUAAGUGUAUAAAAUUCUAAUCUUUUUACAAAUUUAUUUAACUGUACCUGCUAUACUUAUUGUAGAUUGAAUGAUGUAGUUUAAGUCAUAACCCAAGGAAUCAUGAGUUUGGGAUAAAUGACCUGUUUUCUUCACGUAGAGUUUGCAUCAAUAUUUGUGAAUUGGUUGUUUAGCUUUUCAUUCAACCAAAAAAUAAUCCCUCAAGAAAGCUCCAUUUUUAUCAUAAAUGUUUCAACAUAAGCAACAUUAGAAUUCUACCAUGUUAAAAAGAAUUUAAAGACUUAUCUCUGAAAUGGUACCCAGACAUGCAGAUGUUCCCGGUAAUGUAGCUUCAAAUAUAAAAUGUUCUAUUUAUCUGACAUGAAAUUCAUAACUUUUGGAAGGGUAUAUUUAUAACAACAUAAAAAUUAAAUUCUGUGCUUUAAAAAUAUCUACCACAAUUAACCAAAUCGCACAAAAAAUAGAGAAACACAAUUAUUGAAUUUACUCUUGUCAUUAACAUUUUCAAACAACAAAAUGCAUAUUGUAAUAUUAGGUACAUGACACUUGCAUGUCGAUAUGCCUAUAUACUUACAAAGUAUUCAAUGUGUACUUAGUGGCGCUUAAACUAUGUCAUGUACAACUCUUAUAAACAUUCUUACAGGGUUCCCAUUGGCACUUCAUCUUUCAGUAAACUCUUGUCAGAAAAAAAAAGGUUGUCUCAUAAAUAUGGAAAAAUAAAAUUUGAAUUUUAGUUAUCUGUUGGACAUUACUGAAUUGUCUAUUCAUUUAGUAUACUUCCCUAAGCUUGAAAGCAAACAUUGAAAGAUGGAACUUUCUUUUUUCCAGUGACAGCUUACAGAAGGUAAUACAAAACAUAUUUCUUUAUGCUAAAUACAUUAUAUUCAAUAUGUUUUUUCACCUGCAAACAUUAUCCUUCUAUUUUAGUUUUCCUCAAUGAUGCUCCUUUUCCUUGUAUGUUUCUAAAUGAAAUUUUCAAAAAUUAAGCAUCAGUAAAGUAAAUGUUUUCUUAUUUGUACAACAUUUAAUCCUUAUUCCUUGGAACAUGUGAACCUUGUAAUAUGCUAAGAUAAAAAAAAUGUUGCUGACUUAGGGAAAUUUGCUUGAAGUUGCCAAAAUUUCAAAACUCUGUAAAGAUAAUUUUCAUUCACUUCUGUGUGUUUACUAAUGUUGAUUAGGAACAGAAACAAAAGUAACCUUUUUUUAAAAAAAAUUUUCACACUCUAACCAGUAUUAUAUCCACAUAUUUCAACUACCUAAGAUAAUACAAUUAAUAAUAUAACCAUCUUAAGCUUAUGCCAAUAAGAGUUUGAGAUAAGCUUUUAAAUUUAUGGAGGAUUUUCUUUGUGUCUUUGGAAGUUCACUUACCAUAAGGUAUUUUAUAGUCUUCUUUCAAUAACAGAUUUUGUUAUACAGGGUAAGCCAAAGGCUGUACAAGAUUUAGUGUCAUUGGGUCUGAUAUUUGUGUUAGGCCAUGAACUAUUCCAUUAAAAUUUAUCUGUAAAUACAAGGCAA